GUGUGACAUCCCUGAGGCGCUGCCGCCCCCGCCGCGGUUCGGCGAGGCCGGGAUGUGCUCCAGCGCCACACCGGGAGCUCCGGCGGAGCUCUGAGCCACCCCCUCUCUCCGCAGGCCGCUGCCGUGUCCGUGGGAUGAGCCAGCUGCCGUGCGGCGCCGUGCUGGCACUCAUGGGGCUGCUCUUCGCCAGGACCAUGGCCUGGACAUCCAGCGGGAAAACGCACGCGGAGCUGGUGAACAACCUGUACAAAAAAGGGAUCGUUAAGUCUCAGCGUGUCUUUGAUGUGUUGUUGGCUACGGACAGAGGUCACUACAUCAAGUAUUUCCCAUACAUGGAUUCUCCUCAAUCCAUUGGCUACAAGGCUACGAUCAGCGCCCCGCACAUGCACGCCCACGCGCUGGAGCUGCUCAAGGAUCAGCUGGUGGAAGGUGCCAAGGCGCUGGAUGUGGGAUCUGGGAGCGGAUACCUCACGGCCUGCUUCGCCAGGAUGAUUGGCCCGACAGGAAAAGCUGUGGGCGUGGAGCACAUCAAGGAGCUGGUGCACGAAUCCAUCCGGAAUGUCCAAGAGGAUGAUCCCACACUGCUCAGCUCCGGCCGUGUGAAGCUCGUGGUUGGAGAUGGCAGGCAGGGAUACCCUGAGGAGGCUCCUUAUGACGCCAUCCACGUGGGAGCGGCCGCGGCCACCGUCCCCAAGGAGCUGCUGAAGGAGCUGAAGCCGGGUGGGCGGCUGAUCGUGCCCGUGGGGCCCGAGGGGGCGAACCAGGUGCUGAUGCAGUAUGACAAGACCAGCGAGGGGCACAUCGUGGAGACCCAGCUCAUGGGCGUCAUCUACGUCCCUCUCACAGACAAGGAGAAGCAGUGGCCUCGGGAUGACCUCUGACACAUGGAUGGAUAUCUCUAAAGGCACCUCAGAAAGCUCAUGAGAGGGACUUAGGCCUGUAGAUGGUCAGUAUGGUUUUGCUUUUUAAUGGAAAUUUCAUCAAUGGAUAAAGGGAAGUUCUGCUUCAGAGGAGCUCGUUCUGGAGGGAUGGAGAACAGGGACAGGACCAGGGGAGGCUCUUGGAGGCUGUGGCAGCUUCCAGGGAGCAGAUCCAGACAACUCCAGCUUUCCUCUCUGAUAAACUCUAGAUAACAUCAGAUCACAGAGAAUUCUGACAGCAGACAGGAAUACCUAAAGCUUCACUAAAACCACUUUAAUAUCGACUACUCUGCCUAAUGCUUGGCAAAAAUAAGUCACAAUUAGUGUCUUGGAGCAGCAAUGUACCGACUUGUCAGUUUUUAAAAUAUGGGAGCAUGUUCUCUUCCUGCCUGCACCAGCUAAUUUAAUGAUGGGCAGCAACACUGGAUUUUGAGGGUAUGAAAAAUGCUCGGUUUUUUUUCUGUUUGGAGUUUUGAAAAAUAUUCAUUUCUGGACUUGACCCUCUUUGGGAUUACGAAAAAUGUGCAUUUCUUGGCUUUUCUGAUUGGGGUUAUAAAAAAUGCUCAUGUUCCGGCUUUUCCCUGACGCGUCCCUCCCGCAGGCGGUGACUGAGGAGGCUCGCGAGGGGCAGGCGGGCUGCGGUGAGGCUCGAGGGUCAUUUGUGGAGCAGCUCUGAUGGGGGAAACUGCUGGGAGGUAAAAAUUGAAAUAAAUCAAUUAAUAAAUAAA